CCAACUAUUGAGGUGGCUGGAUAUAAAACACUGAAACACUUACAUAGAACGGGCGUGUGAUGUUGGACGAUUGACUUGCCGAGUGAAACGAAAUAUUUGCAGAGGAUCUGUAAAUGCAAGAGAAGUGUAUAGAUGUAAUGUCUAUAUCAAGUAAAGACGGAAUAAGAAACUGUGGCCAUAACCUAAACAUUAUGUAGCAAAUAUAUAGGACUGAUCUGGAAAUAGAAGACAAAGCAUUUUACUUCUGUUGACACGUGGAGGCAACACGGUCUGAAAUAUGAGAUGAAACUAUUGUGUGGAUUGAUGUCAUCGAAGACAUGUAGAGUUUGAAGGUUAAAUUAGGCAUGCUGUCUUCUUGUGGAAGUAAGAGUGACUUUAUAUCAUAAUGUUUUGAACGGAACUUUUUAUAGCGCUUGAUUAAUUCCAAUACUUACAAAAACAUUUCAAAAUCUAACACAUUUAAGAUGGCUUCCAGACACGAAUGCGGUAUAUGUUUGGGUGAUUUUGUCGAACCUAAAAUCAUGCCUUGCUUUCACACUUUUUGUAAGGUAUGUUUACAAUGCCAUAUCACGGAGACUGCUCGAAAUGGGGAGAUUAACUGUCCAAUGUGUAGAACAGAAAUACCUGUACCACCAGGCGGAGCUGCCGGUUUUACCAGUAACUUCUAUAUCGAAGACCGGAGUAAUAGGAAUAUUUGUCCUAAACAUGAAGAAAUGGAAUUAAAGUUUUAUUGUCGUGAUUGUUCGGUAGCUAUCUGCUCUGACUGCAUCGCUGUUGAUCAUGCUGAUCAUAAACGAGCUGAACUAAAAACUGUUGAUCCUGAAUUGAGACAAUCAUUAAAAACCAUCAAACUAGAAAUAGAAAAUCAAAUCAAACUUUUAGACAAUCAGUUGGAAUAUUUAGACGAGAAAUCAAAAGACAUCGACGUGUUUGCUAAAACUUCUAAAGAUAAUGUUCUCAAGAAAGUUGAGUCCAUCUGUAGUGAAGUCAGAAAACUAGGGAAUGAAAUCAACGAUAAGAUUGAUGUUCUCCGGGUAGAAGAAAGCAAGAAAGUAGAAGAUCUUAAAGCGGGAAUAAACAAAGAUAAAACUCGACUACAGACCAGUGUUAAAUGUGCUGUUGAUGUUUUGGAUGAUGUGUCAACCAUUCAGGUUAUAAAUAUUCUACCACAUAUUGAAACUCUAGCUGAAGAUCACAGUCCAAUACGUUUCUGUAAUCCUGUUGUUAAGUAUUUCAAUUUCCCUCAGACGAAGAUAAACCCAGACUCCCUCACACGGCUGUUUGGUGAACUACAUACCAUGGACAGUCCAACCUUUACAACCUGUUUUAAUAUGGAUCAGAUGAAGAAAGAUCAACUCUACUGGAGUCCAGAUUAUUAUAUGGUACAGGAUCUACCCUGGCAUGUUGGUGUUAAACACAACACCGAUACAUCAACACUGGGUAUUUAUCUGUGUCUAAAGAACGUACAGGACACCAAUGUUAAAUCUUGUACAAUUAAAUAUACGCUUAAACUGAUAAAUAGAAUACAUGACAGCGAGUCUAUAUCACAGCAGGGAAGUCACACGUUUACACCAGGUGACAGGGGGCGGGAAUGGGUAGAGUUUACUGACUGGUACAAGAUCAAAUGCCAAAACCUUGGUUUCACUGACAAUAACAAUGAUUUUAUAGUACAAGCAACAGUUGAAAUAAGUAAAAUGUGUUUUACUUCAUGUUUUGAUCUGAAGAGAGCCAAUACAGACACAAACUACUGGAAUAACAAGUUGGUUAUGUUACAGGAUUUAUACUGGAGAGCUGGAGUUGAACAUCAUCAUGAUAAAUCAACUUUAGGAGUUUAUCUGGACCUGAAUACAGAACAAGAAAAGAAUUUGACGUCCUGCUCAGCUGAUUAUAAACUUAAAUUAGUUCAUGGUACAGAUGAUUCUAAAUCUAUAGAAAAACAGUCUACUGAUACAUUAUAUACACCUGGCGGUACUGGACACGGUGCAUCAGAUAUUAUAGACUGGAAUACAUACGGUUGUAUAGAAUUUAUAGACUGGAAUACAUUACAGAAUGAUGUAAACGGUUUUCUAGACAACGGCCAUUUUACUAUAGAGACAACCGUUGAAGUUACUAGUUCAACUUUUACACACACGUUUAAUUUAACUGAUGUACCAACCGAUACAUGCUAUGCUGGUUAUAGUCAUACUAUACAAUAUCUACCAUGGCGUAUAGGUGUUAGACAUCAUACAGAUACAACAUCUUUAGGUUUGUUACUAUCUCUAUACCCAGGUGUUGAUAAAACAGUUAAAACAUGUUCAACUAAAUAUAAACUAAAACUGAUUCACCCAACAGAUCAGAGUCAAUCUAGAGAAGGAGCUGAACUAGAAUACACAUUUAAACCUGGUAGUGGUAUUGGAUAUGGCCUGCCUCAGUUUAUAGACUGGGAUGAUUUUACUCGUAGAUUUGUUGAUGGUAACAAGUUUACAGUCCAGGCCACAAUUACCAUUACUGAUAUAGACAGAUAUUAACACUUGACAAUCUAGACUACAGUUACCAUUAUAGCUCUAGUCUACAAUUACCACAAUAAGAUGACCUUCACCUGAUGUAUAUAGAUGUACCUGUAUCAGAUCAACUUUCUUUAAUGUAUACAUACAACCUGUAUCAGAUGACCUUCACCUGAUGUAAAUAGACUUACCUGUGUAUCAAAUGGCCUUCACCUGAUCUAAAUAGACUAACCUGUGUAUCAGAUGAUCUGCUCCUGGUGUAAACAGAUUACCUGUGUAUCAGAUGACCUUCACCUGAUGUAAAUAGAUUUACCUACGUGUAUAAGAUGACCUUCACCUGGUGUAAAUAAGAUGGCCUUCACCUGAUAUAAACAGACCCGCCUGUAUAUAUGAUGACGUCAGUUAUAAAAAUAGAAACAAGAAGAUGGAAACAUUCAAAGAAAUUGUGACCAAUAGAAUCUGGUACACGGGGACGUAACUAGCUCAGAGCAACGAGAGGGGGUGUUGUUAGGGGUUUUGUAAAAUUGACGGAAAAUGUAUAUCUAUUGUUUUUAUGGUCGGUAAUUUUUUCA